AUGAGUCAGUGUGCAGCAUCAGUGAACGACAAGGAUAAUGAACCAGAAGUGGAAGUCAUUGGCGAUGAAAUCAAGAAAAUUUCUUUCGAUGAUAAUCAUAAAAAAAUAAAACAUGUUUGUAUUCUAAAUGUUCAUCCAAAUUAUACGAUUGAAGCUGUUCAUGGAAAUCAUUCAAAAAUCUCUCCUACUGAAGAAAAUGAACAGCUUCCAUUGUUUUAUCCACAUGAUGCUGAACAAGUAUUGAAGGAAUUAGAUCAAAAUAUAAUUGUUCAAACGGUUAAUCUAAUACCAAAUGUCAGACAAAGUAUAGCAAGUAUUCGUCGAUUGAAAAAUCAAAUUGAUAUAUUUAUUAAUUUAUACGAUAAUGCAGAUGAUACAGGAAUAAAAAUUGUUGACUACAUGCAAAAUCAAGGUAUUGCAUUCACUGGAGCUAGUACACAUUUUUAUGAUCCAACACGAAUUGAAUUAAAGCGAUUAUGUCGAUAUUGUCGAUUGCCAACACCGAAAUUUGCAUUAGUAACUGAUCCAAAAAGUUAUGAUGAUGAUUCUUUAGCUAAAUUAUCGAAAACAUUGGGUGAUUUUCCAUUAUUUGUUAAACCUGAACAUGGUUACGAUAGUGUUGGUAUUGAUGAAAAAUCAUUAAUUUUUAAUCCAACAGAUUUAAAAGAAUGUUGUAUAAAGAUCGUCGACGAAUUUGGAGGUGCUCUAAUUGAAAAAUAUAUAGAAGGACGUGAAUUUACUCUCUUGGUUGCUGGUAGCAAAGACAAUAUUCAUGUUUUUCCUCCUGUUGAGUAUCGUUUUCCUACCAAUAAAACAUUUAUCACAUUCGAUGAUAAAUGGGAUCAAAAUUACACUGACACACAUUGGUGUUUAUUAAAUAAAACAAAUGAACAAGAAGAACAACUAAUUGAUGAUUUAAUAUUAUUAGCUAGACAAUUAUAUGAAUCAUUCAAUGGUGAUGGAUAUGCUCGUAUUGAUAUACGACAAGACAAUAAAACAAAAGAAUUAUUCAUACUAGAUUGUAAUCCAAAUUGUAGUUUAUUCUACAAAGAUUCAUGUUCUGCUGAUAUAAUUAUAGAAUUAAGUGGAUGGUCAAAAGUUAAAUUUAUGAAAUUUCUAUUUGAACAAGCUUUAGAACGUCAACAACGAUACAAUUUGACACAUUCUUAUACAAUUAAAUAUUUACCACAAAGCGGUGUUACAAUGUAUGCAUCAAGAAAUUUGUUUCAAGGUGAUUUAGUUUAUUCACAAGAAAAUACUUCAUUAAAAUUAGUAACGAAACAAUUUGCUGAACAAACAUUCAGUAAAACCGAACUUAUAUGGUUCAACCAUUAUGCAUGGCCAAUUUGUGACAAUGUCUUUAUUCUUUGGCAUGAAGAUAGUCGGAAAUGGCAACCAAUCAAUCAUUCAUGUGAUCCAAAUGUAUGGAUUAAUGGCUUAGAUUGUAUUGCAAGAAGAUAUAUACCUGUAGGAGAAGAAUUAACAAUUGAUUAUGCAACAUAUCUGACCACAAUACCAAGUUUCCAAUGUUGGUGUGGUGCAUCUAUAUGUCGUGGUCAAAUAAAACCUGAUGCAUAUAAAGAAAAGUGGUUUCAAGAUCGUUACGGUUCUCAUGUGAGUCCAUAUAUUUUGAUGUUAAUUGAAAAAGAAAAAAUUCUAAACAAGAAUUCAACAAAUUAG